CACUUGCAGGUCCACAUCGAGUCGGAGUAUGGGCUCUCCAACACGUAGCAAUUACCGACGCCAUCUUUGCAGCUAUUACGACGGCGCUCGUGGCCAUAUGAAGCUCUUGUCGCUCCGCAUGCUGAAUCUCUCUUGGUCAAUCCAUGCACCAGUGACUCAUUGAACACAAACGGCUGCUCUUCGUGCAAAACUCUUCGACUGUUAUCAACAAGCGAUGCCUCAGGCUACCAACAGCGAAAGCGGAAUCUUGGAAGAUCAACAGGAGAUGGUCGCGGCCUCCCAGUGCGGAGUAGCAGCGUUAUAUGGCCAGAUGGAGCACGCGAAGGAGUGCGCAGGUUUACGGGUUCCGGAACUCGAGUCUGUUAUUCAGCGUUUCGUGGGACCUGCAGUAGGUUCUGGACUGGGGCUCGUGUAUCAGCAAACGGAAUCCAUCAUUGCAAGUUGCAUCUCGGACUUGGUAAGGAGCAACAGGUCCAUACUCGCAGUGAGCUCCGCAUACGAUCUAUUCCUGAAGCUGGAGCGACCGCUCGGAUUCACUACAAGUCGGGCCGUUCUAUUGGCCAAGGCAAUACCACGACGCUCGAAAUUGAUCGAACUUUCUUCCAAGCUGUCAUGCCGAGAUGCUAUCUGGCGAGCUCUUGAGGAAGAUGAUCGCUAUGUCCUCAUGAUGCUUCGACAGGCUGUAUUCUACGACAGAGGAGAGAUUAUGGAGCUUCGCGAGGACGACGCAGCUUCGUUCCUGACUCUUGUCGACUCGGUCUUGUACGCCAGUGGUUUUGGACGUGGUAUCUUCUCACGACAGAUCGAUUUUCCUGCACCGGAUGCGGAAAUACAGGCCUUCCGAGGUCAACUUCACCGCAUAAGCGUCAGACUGUCAAUGGCCUCCUUCCAGCUUCCGGAGGGCCUGUACCUCACAGGUGUCACCCUCAAAGACGCGAGACAGGUCACCGGAGGAUAUGCUGAUAUCCAUAGAGGCCAAUACCGGGCACGCCACGUGGCACUGAAGACGAUGCGCGUUUGCACGCGCCAGAUGUCCAAGUGCUUGAAGAUGUUCUGCCGCGAGAUCACAUUGCUACACAGUCUCAGCCAUCCGAACAUAUGCGAGCUUGUAGGUGUUGACCGCGAACUCUUCGGAGGACACUUUUGUCUCGUGACGGACUGGAUGCCGUAUGGAAACAUCAUGGACUUCAUUGAAGCGUACUUGUUUGUCCUCGACGAAAUCAAGCGGUUUGUGGUGGAGAUAGCUUCAGCUUUGGCAUACCUGCAUAGCAAGAAUGUCGUCCACGGAGACUUGCAUGUGAACAACAUCCUCAUUGACGCCACCCGCCAUGUUCGCCUCGCAGAUUUCGGACUGUCAGAUUUCUCGGAUGCAUCCUCUGCUAGCGUUAGUUCUGCGGCCACCGGCGCAGUGCGCUAUAUGGCGCCAGAGAUUUUGUCUCCGGAGGAUUACGCUCUCCAGCAUGUCCGUCAUACACCCCAAAGCGAUGUUCACUCAUUUGCAAUGUGUAUAUGGGCGAUUUUCAAUGGCGAUUCCCCCUUCCACAGCUGCCCGGCGUUUGCAGCCUCUAUGGCUAUAUGCCGUGGCAAGCGCCCAGCACGUGAUACAGCCCGCCAUGACCUCCCAGAACCACUCUGGGUUCUGCUGACGCGUUGCUGGCAGGACAAAGCGAGGGAUAGGCCUAGCUCGUCAGACCUCUAUCAUGAACUUUCUCACAUGUUCUCACCUCACUCUACGGCGGACGCCCACGGCAGAGCUUCAGCUACCAGCAGCGAACUGGCUGGACCAUCGCAUCCAUGCCGCGAGGCGAGCAACCCUGAGGAUGAGGCGGCCCCUAGCAGCCAGCCAGAGAGCGAUGACAGCACACUCGGCACGCGGACGACGCCCAAGUCUCGUCGCAUUUCGCACUUUGCCAAGACCAGUUUCGUUUCAAAGUCUCAGCCACCGCACACGUCACGAAGCCCCAUCAGCCCAGCGGCUAUGCUAAGCCCAGCGCCGCAGACGGUUCCCAACUUAGCGAGCGUCUACCCUGGUGCGGAGCGCCUUAUUCCCCAUGUGUCAGAGGUCCAUGACUCUACGAAUAUUGGUGCGUGACUAACGAAGCAUGCAUUACUUUCUAUCGUGAUGCUCAUAGACGAUACAACGUGCCUAGUGGCCCGAUUACGAGCCCUGGUCGGCCUCCAUUCUUCUUCCUGCCACCACCAUUCGGACAGACCUGGCGAGGUGCAUCAGUCUCUACAUGCAAAUAUUUCUCAACGAAUUGUCGACAAAGUGUUCGAGAUCUGGUACGCGCUGGCGGAUGGGGCCCGGUGCCAUCACAUUUUCCGACCUCGAGCUAGUCGGCCUACAGCCCGUGGCCGCGCGGGACUGGCAGGUCCACUUCCGGGUGCGCCAAACGGCACCUUUGGCAGCCUAGCCUAUACUAGCGGCUCCUGAACACUUGGACAUCCUCCCUUCCCGGUGUUGCCGUUCAGCUCUCUUGCUUCGCAUACACCUCGAGAUACCGAGCCGCCUGGACGCAAGGGUCUUAGUCUUGAGACCGUCCGGCGCUUCAGUGACCGCUCGCUGGACGAGCAUUUCGGGAUUUCGUUAUCAUCAUCCUCGCUUUCGCUGUCGCCGUCUUCGACUGAACUCUUCCGAGCAAACUUCGAAGCUGAACUUCGAGUCCCUGGGACUCGCGUAUCCAGAUAACUCGACCAUGCAGCCCCGAUGACUAUGGCUUGUCAUCGUCAUCAUCGUAUUCAUGGCUCCCGGUUCCAUUUGCGUUCCACUUAUCGUCCCACAAAUAUCGUUUGACAUAGCAAAAUCUACUAAAAUCUAGAUAUGUGUGUAUGUUAAAUUAAUGUCGUCACCACUCUAUGAUUCAUGUUAC